AUGGCAUACUACGACACGGAGAUGCCAUCCGGACAUAUGCUGGCCAAUUUCGACGAUCGCGAUGCGAUAGUGGCCACGAACACGAUCAAGUUUCUCUGGGGCGUCUGGCCAUGGGAGGUCAUGACGAGCGAGGAAGUUGCACCACACACAUGGACCAUUUCGCAGCUUAGUCAUCUCCGGAAGGUGGCAAGGCUGACAACACUCGAGCACGGGAGGGACUUGCUCCGCGCUCAAGUGAAGUAUAAGAUGCUCUAUCCAAAGGGUUACGAUACGGUUUUGGAUACGUGCAGACAGGACCCGAUGACUCCAAGAAACCCGAGGACGGCAGAGUCAACAAGACGUCAGCCGCUGCCGAAAGCGCCUUCGCCUUCGAAGGAUCCCCAAAGGUCACAGCCGCAGCAGCCGACCACUAUCGACCUGACAUUGAAGGAGGAGUCGAGCCCAAAAGGGACUGAGGCGGUUGCACCUCUUCGGCAUUUUGCUGUCCCCGUCAGAUGGCAGCAUUCCCUCGAGCCUCCGCUGAAGAAGCGCUUGCUCAGCAGAGAGCCCAAAAUCGAAGGAACCACUACCAUCGGGCCAGCAGCUCCCCUUCUUCUUUCCCCCCUUGCAUCUCUGAAAUCCGAAGUUUUAACGAAGCCUCUUUACGUCUUGAGCCGAUGCGAAUUGUGGGUGAGAGGUAUGGCGCUCUUCGACAGAAAAGAAUCCGCCAAAGACCGAGCAGUAUCCACUGAGGUGUCACUGAGAAGAGCGGCAACCAACCUGCAAAUGGCACGAAAGGUCCUCCAGAAAACAAGUAACAAAGCGGAGCACUAUGAGCGUACAUACAGAGAUCUUGAAAUACAGAAAGAGCAAGCCUUGUUCCUUGAGACUGAGCAUCGCCGAAUUACCACGCGUAUGCGUACCAUACAGCAGCAGAACGGCAUCGUCAACGGAGACACCGUAGAACUCCCUGGACUACGUGAUGCAACACUUGAUUCUAGCAAACUUGGUAGACGAGCAGAGCUGGUUGGUCGCAGACGCGCCAUCGCCGAGCGCUUGUUUCGGGAGCUAAGUAGAACAGAGGAGCUCAUGCUGGAGAGCAUGGAUCGUCUGAGGGCAUCUCAUUCACAAGCUCAAGAUGACAAGCAGAGAAAAGUAUUGGACUACAGCAAGUGGCACAAAGCAUACUGUGGAUAA